GCCCAUCAGGACCUGUCGAGUUUCUUCAUCUUCAGCAUGGUGUCCAGCUUUUGGGUCCUGGUCAGCAACCUCUGCAAACGCCGUCUGAUCAUCAACCACAUCCGCCAGUACUACCAGUUCUACAUCCGAGGCAUCCUUUGGCACGAGGGGCCCCUGCACCAGAUCUACGUCCGGCUGGUCAGCCAGCGAGAUGCCCAUGGAAAGCUUUUCUACAGCCUCAUCAUCAACGGGUACCGCCUGGAGGUCCUCACCCUGGUCCGUUUGACCAAGAACCAUGAGCUGGUCGACAGCCUUGGACGCCGCAUCGCCCGCUACUUGAACCUCAACUUUUUCGACGCUGAGGACAUCUCCACACUCCACGUCAUCCGCCAUUUCCCCCCCGAGCUAGAAGAUGAAGAUGAAGAUGAAGAGGAUUCUCUGGCUGUGUAACGCCUGUAAGAUGCCAGUCAAUU